AUGGCAUCGCUCGGCUUAUUUGUAAUACAAGGCCUGGGUGGACUUAUUUUUAUAGCAGCUUUGUGGCCUGGCCUUGCCGACGCAUUUGAUGUUGACAUCUGUGCAAGCUUCAACACAGCCUCGAUGGGCAGAAACAUAAGCAUGUUUCAGACGAAUGGGCUUUGCCACGACUUUUGCAACCCAGAGGGUUAUGCUUAUGCAAUCACUCAAUCAAACAGCUGCUGGUGCUCGAACUAUACACCCGACAAGUCAUUCCAAGUCAGCACUUCUCGAUGUAAUUCGGGAUGCCCUGGCUAUCCGGAUGAGAAAUGUGGUGCUGCUGGCUUGUACGGAUACAUUAUUCUCAACGCACUUCCUUCUGGAACCGUGGGCGGAAUUACCCCAACGAGUAGUGAAUCGAGCUCACAAAAUUCACCCUCACCGACUCCGACUCCGAAACCGACUACCGUUGCUACAGUUACUGCUGAUGGUACUAUCAAGACGGUAACGAUCAUUCCGACGGAGACCGGCCACGCUUCCGGCGACAAUCAAGACGUGACGGUUCAAGAAAGUGGGCUUAAAACAGGCGCCAUCGUAGGCAUUGUCGUGGGCAUCGUUAGCGGCGUGCUAGCCUUGGCAGCCUUGAUCAUGUUCUUCUAUUUCCGGCGCAAGAAACAGCAACAACAACAAGAGGCGUUUCAAGACGAUCCUAGCGUUCGCGGCAGCUCAUCCGGAAUGAUGGGCUCCGGUCGGCCGGAAAUGUCUCGAGCUCCAGGAUCGCCAGGCUCCACGGGCAACAGAAGCAGCACUCUGCAAAUCGACCCUCGCAUGGAUCCGUUCCAGCAAAGCUUGUAUGCACGUAAUGGCAGUCGAGAGAGCAUGAAUACGUUGCGUGACGACCAUGACUACUCGCGAAGGAUUCAGCAGCCCAAAAUUCUGCGAGCGACAAAUCCCGAUCCGGUGGUGGAAUGA